CCUUACUCAACAUCUACUCCCAGGAGCAUUAGGCUCUUCCUCCUCCUCGGAUUCCGACGCAGCGACGCAGAAAGUGUUGCUGAAAAGGAUCGACCAGCUGCUCUCGGAGUGGCGGACCUUGCCGCACAUUUGCAACUACGUGGUGGACAUGGUGGAAUUUUUCCACGCCGACAUUGCCUUCACCUUCGUGUCCCGCAUGUUCGCGCUCGACACGCUGUGGAAGCACUGCGUCGCCACCCGCUGGCUCUUCAAGAAAAUCCCACUGCAGCUCCC